AUGAAGCUGUCAGAUUGGAGUUGGAUCAUCUCGAAAGUUUUAAUUUAUAUUUCAUGGCAAAUGAUCCGAAUGAUCAUCUUCGUUGAUGAUUGUUUGUGCUUCUGCCGGGUGCCUACAAAUGAAGCAUCAGAAAUCACUAGUGCUUUUCAAGAAAAAUGGUCUUUUUCCAAGAAUUUGCUUACAUUUUCUUGGAAUUUGUCUAGUGCUUCAAUGCACCAAUGGUGCUUCUGCCGGCCAAUUUUAUUCGAUGAACAGCCCCAUGAUAAGCAACUAAUUUUUAAAUUGAAUUCCUAG